AUGAGGGAUAGCAUCAAGUCAAGUGCGAAUAUUUUGAGCUUCAAGUUAACCGCAACGUCUGAUAUGUUUUUGCAUCCAAAAAAAGAUUUCGCGGUCAGAAAAAAAAAAGAUUGGUCGACAACUAGAAAAUUGAUUUUUGGAAGUUAUUGUAAAUGCAGACAAUCAGAUCAAUUUACAACCAAAUAA